AUGCCUAAACAAAACCAACCGUUAUAUAGCUUUCCCUACGUGCCAACCCUGUGUGCUGUCAGCAGCGCUGAGGAACCCCCCACCCCCAGCCCCCAGUGGGCUUCUUGGCGACUCCUGCAUAGUGAUGUGUUGGCCCUACCCAUUUUCAAGGAGGAAGACGCUAUCCUUCCAUUGGACGGUGACCCCAAACAGCCGCCCUUUCAGUAUAUCCUGUGUGCUGCAACGUCCCCUGCGGUCAAGCUGCACGAUGAAAGCCUCACUUACCUGAACCAAGGUCAGUCCUAUGAAAUCCGGAUGCUGGACAACCGGAAAUUGGGAGAUGUGCCUGAGAUCAGUGGAAAGUUGGUGAAGAGCAUCAUCAGAGUUGUGUUCCAUGACAGACGCCUCCAGUAUACGGAGCACCAGCAGCUGGAAGGCUGGAAGUGGAAUCGCCCUGGGGACAGGCUACUUGAUCUCGAUAUUCCACUGUCUGUUGGAGUCAUUGACAUAAGGACAAACCCAGGCCAGUUAAAUGCAGUUGAGUUUCUUUGGGACCCUGCAAAACGCACAUCUGUAUUUAUUCAGGUCCACUGCAUCAGCACGGAGUUCACCCCGCGUAAGCACGGUGGCGAGAAGGGGGUUGCUUUCAGAGUCCAAGUUGACACUUUUAAACAGAAUGAAAAUGGUGACUACACUGAUCACCUGCACUCAGCCAGCUGCCAAAUCAAAGUUUUUAAGCCUAAAGGAGCAGACAGAAAACAGAAAACGGACCGAGAAAAGAUGGAGAAGAGGACUCCCCACGAAAAAGAAAAGUACCAGCCUUCGUAUGACACUACCAUCCUCAGCGAGAUGAGGCUUGAGCCUAUAAUGGAAGCUGCAAUUGAACAUGAGCAGAAAAGGUCCAGCAAGCGGACUUUGCCCGCAGACUGCGGCGAUUCUCUGGCAAAGCGAGGCAGUUGCUCCCCAUGGCCGGCCACCACUGCAGCCUACGGCAGUGAGAGCCCUGCGCCCACUCCCACCUUCACCUCUGCUCAGCCGAGCACCUACAGCAUCCCUGAGAGCGAUGCGUCCUCUCCAAACCAUCAAGGAGAAGGAAUUUCCCAAGGCUCUGGUGAACAACUUCACCCGUCAGCCACCAUCCAGGAGGCUCAGCAAUGGCUGCUCAGACACAGGUUCGCCACCUACGCAAGGCUCUUCGCCAAUUUCUCAGGUGCCGAUUUAUUGAAGUUGACAAGAGAGGACCUCGUACAGAUCUGUGGCCCAGCUGACGGCAUUCGCCUGUACAAUGCACUGAAGUCAAGGACAAUUAGACCUCGUCUCACCAUCUACGUCUGCCAGGAGCAGCCCAGGAGCGCACAGCUGGAAAUGCAACCUGGUGCAGGCCAUGGAGAUCACAGCAAUGGUGCUGUAUAUGUUUAUCACGCAAUCUACCUGGAAGAGAUGGCAGCCUCAGAAGUCACUCGGAAAUUGGCUUCGGCGUUCAAUGUUCCCUUGCACCAGAUUAACCAGGUUUACAGACAGGGUCCCACCGGGAUUCACGUUCUCCUUAGUGACCAGGUGGUUCAGAACUUUCAAGAUGAGAGUUGUUUCUUGUUCGCCACUGUAAAAGCGGAAAACGGUGAAGGCAUCCAUAUCAUUCUGAAGUAAACCAGGAACGUGCUGGCCUUGCCUCAGGACGGAUUGAAGCCUCACUUCACCCUCCUGAGGGGCGUUGGGAUUGUUGGGAUUGGACUUCACCGCUUACAAAUGUUUCAUAUUGAAAACGUGAAGUGAUCUCUGUGAUGCGCUGCCUGAGAGGUGCCCUAGCUUCUCGUCACUGCCCUUACCAUGAGUUUCUCCGGAGGGUGUGGAGUGGACGUGGACCGCUGAGGGGCUACUCCCCCUCGGCUGGUCCUGGAAGCCACCUCACCCUCCGUGACACUGUGUCCGGUUUGGAAAUGAAUGUAUCCCGCCCUGUGCCCGUUUAUUUGUCCCUGCUUGUACCCUCCGGUGACUUGGGGAGGCCCGGGGCAGGGGAGCAAGAUACCUGGAAGUCUGCGGGGACAAGUGAGGCUGGAAACGCCACCAGCUUGUGGGUCAGGCCCACUUCUGUGUCUGAGUGUGUGUGGGGCGUGUGAGGCGUGGGUGGAGAUGUGGCACGCCCAGAUGGGUCCCAGUGCCGCAUGGUCAUUGGAGCUUGUCGACUUCAGGACCCGUGGAGGUGCUCCCCUCCCCAGCACCCUCGUUUCCUUUUUGUGGGGAAGCUCUGCUCAUGUCAGCUUUUUUUUCCCCCUGUUUUCCUUUGUCUUUUUACUCCCUUCUUUAAAAAACAAAACAAAACAAUGUUGACUUCUUGGCCUAGACACCAGAGAGAAGUAACUCAGCAGAAAGCAGGAAUGUCUUCCUAGUGGUAAGAGCUUGGCGGUCAGUGUCGAGGGGCUAGGAAGGCCACAGGCAGGGUCUGGCCCUGUCUCUGAGGGUGUCAGGACGAGGUGUGGGCCUUCGCCAUGUGCCCCAGGGCUUCCCCAUCAAUUACAGAAGCCGUUUUUGGAUAUUCUCCCCUUUGCCAUUUUCAUUGUAUCUUUUGGGCCAAACUAUUCACAAAAGUGAAAUCUGGGAUCAUUCUUGAGCUCCUUUGCCUAGUGUAGUAUUACAUGCUGAAAAUACACGUGUUGGCUUUUGUCCCAUUAUAGUUUUAAACUUGGUGCAUGCAUGUAUGCAUGUUUGUACCCAUGUGUGUAUUCCUGGGUUUCUGGUGGAGAAGGCUAGGUCUGUUGUCUUCUUUCUCCACUGGGACGGGGUCCUGGUUUUAAAAAUCUGUACUGCUUCCAUGCAGACACGAAGGAGAGGUGAUCCCCACCCAAGGCAGAUUUCAUUUUUCCCCUUUGAGACUUGUUGCGAUGCCCUUGGGCCUUUUCAUGACCAAAUAUUUCAUUCCCUGGUAGUAAGGUGGGGGGAGGGGAAGCCUGCAGGUCCAGUUCUGUGUCUGUGGGUUUGUUCCGCCUAUUGGCAUGCCGCGGGGCUCACCAUUUGGGCCUCAGCGCGCAGGGAACAACACGGACACAGACGCUUUGCAUGGUUUCAAAAUUGAUAGGAUAGUUUGAGAAGUGGGGAAAUUACCCACUUGAAUCUAUCUCACCUCAGAUAUCACAGAGUGAAAUGGCUCAGUUUACCCCCAGGCACCAGGAAUUAAAUUAUCACACCAGCAACUUGCUGUUUUGAGAGUGGGAUGUACACAUUUUAGUUUAACUAUGAUAAAUGUUUUCCGAACAUUUUGCAAAUGUGUUUCCUUUCCUGCUAUAUUAAUGGUGCCCCUCUGUGUGCUUAACUAGACCUCAGAGAGAACUUCUCUGGCUACUUUUGCCCUUCCUUCUCUAUCGUCCCUGCUUGACCACAGGAUACGGGAGCCGAAGCCACGUAAGACUCCUUAGCAGAGGCUUGCGGCUGCCCCGUCAGGUCCUUGGGUCAGAGGUGCUCGGGAAAACCCUUAGUAUUUUCCUGCCUGGCCACACGGACCAUGAAGGCAGCGUUCCCGCCCUCGCUUAGACCCCGCCAGGGAAGUCCCUCCCCACUUCUUUUCCCUGCACAGAGUCGUGUCUGUGUUUUUAGGCCCACGAGUCCAGGGCAUUGCUGUUCACUAGGACAUUUGGCUCUGCUCACUUUCUGCCUCACAUGGUCAGUGGCUGCUCAGAAGCGCCAGAGGCAGCGGGCCUCCCUUCUUACUGUCGUAGCAAGACAAAGCACGCAGUGUCUUUUUGCAAAGGAAGUGUCUGUCCCUGUGUCAACAUUUAAAUAACAAGAUCUUGUUGUGUGUGUGAGUGUGUACGUGUGCUCAUAUAAGCUUCGCUCAGAGACAAACGUCUCCCAGAGAGAUCAGCAAGAAGCCCCCGGCCUCCGUGUCUCUGACGGGACCGUGGCAAAGCCAUCGGGCCCAGGGGCCGAGUGGUCUUGUUGCCAUGCAGUGGAGGCUGCCCUGAGGGGAUUGGUGGCACUGCAGCCUGUCCCCUGGACGGGGAUAGAUGGUCUCUCUUGCCUUAUAGCAUGAGUGCAUUUGUCAGGGUUUCUAUGCUUUUUAAAUAAACUUGAAAAAAUGGUCCCACUCUG